GGUCUCCUUGAUGAGCUCAGAACCUAUGAGCACGAGCUGAAGAAGAAGAAGGAAGAACAAGUCACUCCCUUCCCCACGGCACUGAUGACAACUCCCAGAGUCCCAUCAAGUGAAGGGACAUGCCCAAGAAGCUGUGACACACCUUCCUCCAGCCAGCCGUCAAGCUCAAAAAUGGAGAACUACGAUGAGGAAUUUGCCCUGAUGGUCAAGCAAUUCCGGAAGUUCAAGAAGUUCUUCAAGAAGGCUGACUCAGUCAGAAGGCCAACCAAGGGAAAGCCACAAGUAAGUGACUCCCCUCCUGAAUCUUACUUGUGUUAUAACUGCAGGAAGCCUGGCCACUGGAAGUCAGCAUGCCCGUACCCAAAGGUGGAGAAGUACGGAGAAAGAGAAAGGAACGAGAAGAAAAAGAAGGCAAUGAUUGCUGCGGAAAGUGAUGAGUCAUCCAGCUCAAGCUCAGAUGAAGAUGCCCUCGUCUGCAUGGAGCGCAGAGUUGAAAAGUCCAACCAAGAGGAUAGGUGGACUAUGUCAGAAGAUGACACUCUCUGCCUAAUGGCCAAAGAUGAUGCUGAUCAAGAGGUAACUUCACAAACCUCCUGCUCAUCUUCUUAUGAAAGUAUACAAACUUCUGAAAAUCUUUUUGACCAAUUCAAAAAGAUGAUGGUAGAUUUUGAGGAAAUAAAUCUCAAACAUUCCUCCUUAACAGAGGAGAACAAACUAUUGAGUGAAGAGAAUCUCAAGUUGACUGAAGGUCGGAAAAGUCAACUGAAUGAGAUCACUCAACUCAAAACUGAAAAUGAAUCUCUCUCUGAAAAGGUGAAAUCCCUUAACAAAGAACUAUGGACACUUAAGUCCAAAGAAGCAGUGGAUAAGCUUCUUGAAACGACCAAACAUAAGGGUCGUGAAGGACUUGGGUUUGACCCCUCCAGUUCCAAAAGAAAAGGGAGAACAACCUUCAUCCCUCCUAAACCUACUGCUAAAACAAAUAAGCAGAAAGGAAAGGAAAAGGAGAAACCAACAGAAGUUCCCAAAAAGGUUGUCGGAGCAAAUGUUCAUUUCCAGAAGUUAGAGGCCAAGUGCUCUUCAUCGACAUUCUUUCAAAGCUAUAUGGAGAUGAUAGGCGCUCAAGAACUCUCCGAAUUUCUUCAAAUGGAGAUUCGCCUCAAAUUCGAGGAAGAAGUUCUUGAAUUCUACAGGAAUGGAGAAGUCAAGACUGCUCAUUCAAAGAAGGACCCACAGAGGACGUUUCCAGUUAUCAAGUCCACUGUAGGGGGUACAAAGGUGAAGCUUUCGCAGAAGAAAUUGGGAGAAAAGCUUCGCCUUCCCAAUUCUGGAGUUGAAGUUGGGAAAUUUCCAGUCAAAAAUCUGGACUGGAACAUCAUUGGAAUCUCUGGGCAAAUUCCUUCUGGCCUAGCAAAGAAAGCAGAUCUCAACAAUGAUUACAAGCUGAUUUUGGAACUGGUCAUCGCCUGCCUCGAAUGUGGAAGUGGAGGUCACGCCGAUGACAUCACCCAGAAGAGAGCCUUCAUCAUCAACGCUCUCAUUACCAAAACUAAGGUAAACUGGGCUGCACACUUUUUCAAUUCCAUCUCAAAGCAUUUGGGAAAGCCCAACCAGAAAUAUCUCUGUCAAGGAUUAUACCUUGGACAUAUUUUGGAGUCUAUGGGUAUUGCUUCUAAAGAAAAGAAGUAUGGAGAAAGAUACUGGUUAUACUAUCUGUCUUCAAAAGGGGAAAACAGAGCUGGUACUACUGUCACUGCAGAAGAAAGCUCUUCAGACAAUGUCCUGCUCAUCCAUAUGGCAAAGACUGCCAAAAGAAAGCAAGUGGUGUCUCCCUCCAUUAGUAUUGAAGCACCACAGAACCUUGCCUUGGCAUGUUUGGAAGAAGAAGAAGAAGUCUCUGACCAUGGAGAACUUCAAAGGAAGAAAAAGAAAAAGAUCAACUCUCCAUCAACAUCUGGAAAUGUCAAUCCGGAUGAGUUGAAGGAGAAGGAAACUGCUGAGGAAACCUCUGUUCAAAACCGGAGCCCUCAACAGUUUGAAGAAGAAACUCCUCAAGUUCCAAGCCUUCCAACCCCCUCAUCUCAGCCUCAUACAGAUGAUGCUGACAACAAAUUCUGGCAGCUCUAUAAUAAUUGGAGAGCUUGGAAAGUUGGAAAUUCAAAAGAGCAACUGUUGGAUUGGGACCAACAGCUGAAGAAUGAGAAGAUUAUCAAGAAGUGCUUAGGUAUUCCAGUCAACCACAACUGUGAAGAUAUUUUGAAGGAUUAUUGGGUAUGGCAAAAGAACCCAGAAGACCUGCAUAUGGAAUACCUGGCCAACACACCAGUUUCAGACUGUGAAGCAGAUGAUGAAGACACUGCUGUCUUCAAGCCAGUCUUCACUAGAGCCACAGAAGAACAAAUGGCUCUCACCUCUGAAGAAAUAGCUGCCUCUCCCCCACAAGAGCAGAACCAGGAAGCAACUGAAGAAGAAGAAUUUCAGCGACUGAUCCAAUCUCAAGUGCUCGAGAUCCUCACUACUCCUUGUGAGAUCUCCAAUCAGACACAACUUGAGAUUCUGGAAAAGUCAGCAGAAAUUCCGGAACAGUCAGCUAUUCCAGAAACCAUGGAGAAAGCAGUAGAAGUCCAAAGGCACUCUGGAGAAGCUGAGAAGGAAACUCAGAUGGCAGAAGUGGAGGUCUCUCAAACUCCAAUAGCCAUCUUUGAAGAACCAAAUGAAGCUGAAGAUAGUGACUCCCUCUCCAGAUACAUAUCAAAUUUUGCACUUGAUGAAGCUGAAGGAGAAUCUGAGAGGACACUAAAGGUCACUGAUGAAGAAGAUGUACAAGAAGAUGCUGAAUCUCUUCCUUUGCAACUCUUCCAAAGGACAUCAUCUCCUCAUCAG